AUUAAAAAACAACCUUUGGUUUAUUAAAGAUGUUAAACAAACAUAAAAUAUUUUAUUUCCACACUUUGCCAUUAAUAUGAGUGAAAAGGACCAUUUAUUAGCCAAGAAUCCUCAGUUAUAAUUACUCUUCCAAGAAGAAUUUCAAUUGAAGAAAACAAAAAAGGAGAAAAAAAAUUGUUCAAUGGCUAAUCUCCUCUUAAUUGGAGUUGUAAUUGCUAUGCUAUGCUCUGAAAUUAAAUGUUCAUUUGAAGACAACUUUAGUAAAAGUGAUUGUCCUGACUCUCACUUCAAGACUUCUGAAGAUGGACAGAUCUGGUACCUAUCAUUAGAUAACAAAGCAGGUUGUGGAUUUAUGACCAGACAGAGAUAUAGAUUUGGUUGGUUUAGCAUGAAAUUGAAAUUGGUAGGAGGUGACUCAGCUGGUGUUGUUACAGCUUAUUAUAUGUGCACAGAAGAUGGGGCAGGGCCAACUAGAGAUGAGCUAGACUUUGAGUUCUUGGGGAAUAGGACAGGGGAACCAUAUCUUAUUCAGACAAAUGUGUAUAAAAAUGGUACUGGUGGGCGUGAGAUGAGGCAUGUUUUAUGGUUUGACCCUACUCAAGACUUCCAUACAUAUUCCAUUCUUUGGAAUUCUCAUCAAAUUGUAUUUUUCGUAGAUAAGGUUCCAAUAAGAGUAUACAGAAACGCGAAUUACACGAACAAUUUCUUCCCUAACGAGAAGCCAAUGUACUUAUUUUCGAGCAUAUGGAACGCGGAUGAUUGGGCUACUCGGGGCGGGUUAGAGAAAACAGACUGGAAAAAUGCACCAUUUGUAUCAACAUAUAUGGAUUUCAAUGUUGAUGCUUGUCAAUGGGAAGAUCCUUUCCCUUCUUGUGUUUCAACAACUACUCAAAAUUGGUGGGAUCAAUAUAAUUCUUGGCACCUUUCAAGUGAUCAAAAAUUGGACUAUGCUUGGGUGCAAAGAAAUUUAGUCACUUAUGAUUAUUGCCAAGAUAUUGAGAGAUAUAAAGUAAAGCCUGAGGAAUGUUGGGUAAGUCCAUGGGAUUAAUUACUAUUUCAAUUUUGAUUUAAGAGUGUGUAGAUGUUGCAUUGUUUUGUCAUGUGUUAAAAAUCAUGAAUUCAAUUUUAUAAUAGGGUUACCCUAAUAGCUAAGGAUUUCAAAUAUAUGCGAAUGACUUUUCAUUUUGAGUUUAAAUCAAUC